CAGCCGCCCGGAGCAAACAGCUUUCCUGGAGAAAUCCUAGUGUUUGGGAUAGGCGCGUUCGCCUCUGCCUCGGGAUUGCGGUCUUCUUUGUGUCUGAAGCCGCUGACCAGGUCAGAUGAGCAGCACGGCCAACGGCGCCGGCGAGGGGGCCGGCGCGGCGCCCGACGCGGCGGCCGACGCCGACCAGGAGCCUUCGUUCACGGACGCCAUCCAGGAUGCGUUCGCCGCCAUGGCCACCGCCGACCCGGCCGAGCAGGAGUUCGACGAACUGCAGUACAUUGACGGCGUCGACGACGUGGACGCCGACGGGAAGGCCGACGCCAAGCACAUGCUGCCGUUCUCCAGCAUCCACGCGCCGCCGGAGGACUUCAAGUCGGUGAACCGGCGCUGCUUCAUCCCCAACCACCCGAUCCGCGUGCAGGUCACGGGCUUCGAGCGCACGAGCACCUCCAACCUGCUGAACCCGUACUUAUAUAAGCUGGAAUGUCAACACGGGCCGUUCCGGUGGGUGAUCCGGCGCCGCUACAAGCACUUCAGCAGCCUGCACAAGUCGCUGAGGCUCUUCCGCACGGCCAUGCGACUGCCGUUCCCCACGCGGCACCACAAGCUGCGCCGCAAGACCUACAUGCAGGGCAACAAGGCCAAGGAUCAGCCGGCAAUCCCCAGGAUGCCGAAGCGCGGCGACUCGAUGCUGACCGAGGACGAGCUGCCUGAGCGCAUGAAGCAGCUGGAGGAGUACAUUAACGCCGUGCUGCGCUCGCGGCUCUACCGCAACCACCACGACACGCUGGAGUUCCUGGAGGUGUCCCAGUGGUCGUUCGUGCACGAGCUCGGCAUCAAGGGCAAGGAGGGCCUAGUGCGCAAGCGAGUCGGCAGCAAGCAGGGCAACCGCGGCCCCGUCUACUGCGGCCUCUGCUUCAAGUGCCGCAAGUGCGCGGCCAACUGCUUCACGCUCUGGCGGAAGCGCUGGCUGAUGAUCAAGGACACGUACGUGGCGUACGUGCGGCCCCGCGACGGCUCGCUCCACUCGGUGAUGCUGAUGGAUAGCGGCUGGGACGUGAACCGUGGCAUCCUGGGCUCGGACACGGCCAAGUCGCUGACCAUCGUCAACUCUAGCCGCAACCUGCUCGUCUCCUGCUGGACCAAGCGCAAGGCCAAGGAGUGGAUGGACGCGCUGAAGCUCUCCUACGAGAAUUACGGCAAGGAGUUCGUCGAGGCGAACCGGUACGAGUCGUUCGCGCCGGUGCGCGAGUGCUCCUGCCGCUCUCGCUGGUACGUGGACGGCAGCACGUACUUCCGCGACGUGGCCGACACGCUGGAGGCGGCUCGCGAGGAGAUCUUCAUCACCGACUGGUGGCUCAGCCCGGAGAUCUUCCUCAAGCGGCCGGCGCUCGACUCCGAGUACUGGCGGCUCGACCAGGUCCUGCUCAGGAAGGCGAAACAAGGCAUUAAGGUGUACGUGAUGCUGUACAAAGAAGUGGAGAUGGCGCUGGGCAUCAACAGCUUCUACAGCAAGCAGAAGCUGAUGCAGCACGACAACAUCAAGGUGAUGCGUCACCCGGAUCACGCCAGCUCGGCCGUGCUGUUCUGGGCCCACCACGAGAAGCUGGUGGUGGUGGACCAGAACUAUGCCUUCGUGGGCGGCAUCGACCUUUGCUACGGCCGCUGGGACGACUUCUUCCAUCGGCUGACCGACCUGGGCAGCGUGGCGGACCUGGAGCGGGCCGGCCACUUCCAGGCGCCGGUCACCUCCAGCACGCCGGCCGGCUCUCAGCUGCCACACACGCUGCUGGCGCUGGCGCAGGGCACCAACAUGGUCACAAUCGGCACUGUCACCAACGCCGAGCAGGCCAAAGAGCUCCCUGUGGAGAUGCAACCGCACGUCAUGUCCGGAGAUGUGGUGGACGCGGCGCUGGCCCAGGAUGGCGACGGCUCCGAGCACGGAGAGCCGGACGAAGAGCUGCCGAUGAAAGGCGAGACUCCGCCGACGCACCGGCGGCGCAUCAUGCGCAACAUGGUGCGCAUGCGCGAGGUGGCCAGCGUGUGGUCGCACGGGAUCGCCGACCGCAGCCGCCGCCAUCUGCACAGGUCGACACGCGUCGACUACGGAUCGCUCCGGGCCUGCAGUCAGGACGCCAUCGUCCCGCCCGACUGGAUCAGGGGCAGCAGCGAUGCGGAGGGUGAGGACGGCCCGGCCGCCGCCGCCGAGGAGGCCGUGGUGGCCGAGAAGGCGCCGCAGGCACAGGCGGCUCCAGUCACCGCAGCCGUGGUCGCCGCCGAGGCCGGCAUGCUCGACGAGGUGGACGCCAACCGUGUCAAGAAGCUCACCGCUAAGCUGUGGUUCGGCAAGGACUACACCAACUUCAUCGUCAAGGACUUCAGCGCGCUGGACGCCCCGUUCAUGGACCAGGUCGACCGCCGCUCAGUGCCCAGGAUGCCCUGGCACGACAUCUCCACGGGCGUGGUGGGCUCGGCUGCGCGCGACGUGGCGCGCCACUUCAUCCAGCGCUGGAACGCUGUCAAGGUGGAGAAGCUGCGCUUCAACAUGGACUACGAGUUCCUGCUGCCCAAGGGCUACCAGACGUGCGACUCCAUACCGGAGGUGCUCUCGACGCCCAGCUACAAGACCAAGUGUCAGAUCGUGCGAAGCGCCUCACAGUGGUCGGCCGGCAUCAAGGACACGGAGGACUCGAUCCAGCAGGCGUACGUCGACCUGAUCAGCCGCGCGCGACACUACAUCUACAUCGAGAACCAGUUCUUCAUCUCGCUCUGCGGCAUCAACGCCGACGUCAGCAACCGCGUGUGUGAGGCGCUCUUCCAGCGCAUCCUGCGUGCGCACAAGGACGGUCGCGGGGACGGCUCCAAGUUCCGCGUGUUCGUCAUCGUGCCGCUGCUGCCGGGCUUCGAGGGCCAGGUGGGCACGGCAGGCGGCACGGCCAUCCAGGCCAUCACCCACUGGAACUACUCGUCCAUCUGUCGGGGCCAGUUCAGCCUGCUGAAGCGGCUGCAGGACCGCGGCGUGAACGACCCGACCGAGUUCGUGAGCUUCCACGGCCUGCGCACCCACUCGGAGCUGGGCGGCAAGCCGGUCACCGAGCUCAUCUACGUGCACAGCAAGCUGAUGAUCGUGGACGACGACACGGUCAUCUGCGGCUCGGCCAACGUCAACGACAGGAGCAUGAUGGGCAACAGGGACUCCGAGGUCUGCAUGGUCGUGGAGGAUCUGGAGUUUGACGAGGGCGUGAUGAACGGCGAGGCGGUCAAGGUGGGCAAGUACGCGGGGGCCAUGCGCCGUCACCUGUUCAAGGAGCACUUGGGUCUGCUGGAGACGCCCAACGACGACGUGGACGUCAACGACCCGAUCAGCGACGCCUUCUACAAGGGCGUCUGGCUGAAGGCGUCCAGCAAGAACACGGACGUGUUCGAAAAGGUGUUCCGCUGCAUCCCGACCGACUCUGUCAAGAGCUUCGCCCAGCUGCAGACGUUCCAAGCGGAGGUGCCGCUGGUGCUGUCGUACCCGUCGCGCGCCAAGGAGAUGCUCAAGGACAUACGGGGUCACCUGGUGGACCUGCCGCUGGAGUUCCUGGAGUCGGAGGACCUCACCCCGGACCUGGGCACCAAGGAGGCGCUGGUGCCCACCUACAUGUGGACGUAGACGCGGCGCGAGGCAGGACCGCCCGCAGCGGUGGCGGCCGCCGUCGCCGUCAGCUCCCCGCGGCCGGACGCCAGCGCUGGCCUCCUGUUGAACGUCCCGUGCCGCGACCGGCCCGCGCUGCCUCUCAGCGCAGGCGGAGGUGCCGGUGUGUUUUACCUGUCGCUGUGAUGUUCCCUCACGCCUCGCUGCCAGCUGAGACUUGUUGCCGAUCGCCUUGCCUUGAGGUCGGGUCAGAGUUGGCGUGUGGACAUGGCCGAGAGCUGGGGUGCCCGCGAAGACAUGAGACCGCUUGUGCCGCCUGCAGCAUGACCUGCGCGGCGUGGUAGGCCUAGGGCUGGUGUUCUGUUUGUGAGGGCCCACGUAAAGACCGGGAGUCAACUGCAGCAGUGUUGCAGCCGUGGGCUCAGAAAUGCCCGGUUCAUGCUCGGCUAGGCACUCGCCGACCCUGGUGCGCACGAUGGACACGUCAGACUGCAUUCGCGGCUCCGCGACGCUGCUGCCGCCUGUCGGAGGCGUCGGGAACUGACGCGGGCUGGGCUCGGUCGCCGCCGGCCGGCUUCUGCCGCCGCGCUCGGUCGAGCCGGCUGCGGCCACGCCGACCGUCGGGCUUGGCGGUCGGCUGGCCUGUGUUCCUCGCUCACCGCUCUGGCCGCAGUUCAGGCGGCCGGGGUGGAGGCGGCGCGCUGGUACGGGUCUGUGUCUGGUGUCGGGCGUGGUCUUGGCUCUUCUGACAUGGCGGGCGUCGCCGCCGCGUGUUGGUGAUUACCAUACAAUCUGUCGUCCUCCCGGGGGGCGGGCGGCGUCAGCAGCAGACUUCGCCCGCCGUCCCCCGUCGUCGGUCCACUCCCCACCACUGCGUGGCCGAAGGGUCGGCCCCGGCGGUGGCGCUCUGCUAUUGGCUUGGGUUCUCUCACAGCUGCAUAAGCCUGCACUCACGCUGAGGUAAACGACACAGGGGUGGGUGUUGGUGUGCUGGCGCAGCGGUGCGCUCGUUGAUCCGACAGCCGGCGGCUGCGCAGCGCUCAUUGUGUUGUGACCCCUGCCGGUCACUCCGCGACGCCAGGCAGCUGCCACCCCCUCCCUCGCCUUCCCUCCACCCCUCGUGGGGCUAGAUGUCUACGCACAUUAGUCGUCAGGUAGCGUGUUGUUUUUUACUAGAGCAGCUUUAUUGCCGUUUCUUUUGUUGUCCCUCUUGUGUGUGAGGAGCCGCCGAGCGCCUGUUUGCUGUUUAAGCCCGCUGGAUGCUAUCACUAUUGUUAAGUGCCUUUCGAAAUAUUCGGUCAGCUGGGCGGAAGCCGUAGCCGGCAUAGAAUCCGUCGUUUUCAGUGUGAACCACACAUGCGCACCCAUCUUGGGUUCAGGUUGGGUUUGGAAUUGCUUUACCGGACGGGUCGUGCCGGUAGUAUGUCAUGUCAUCCGCCUCGACGCACCGAUGGCUUCUGCGUCGGUCUAUGCACGUAAUACCCGUGCCAAGUGAAAGCCUUUGGAACCAGCGGCUGCUAUAUGUAUGCGAUGUUACGCAUACGAAUUACAGAGUGGCAGUCAGUCAUCAGUCGGUGUUGUCCCCGUAUUCGCGAAUCGUGCAAGAGUAACUGGCAAGAUAUGGUCAUCGCGUCAGUGUUCAAAUAUAUGUCCUCCACAUUUGCGAACACCGUGCGGUGAAGCUGUAGCUGAGAUGCCAGCUCAUCUGAAAAUGUUUUAAGACCGCUGAAAACGACCAUGGCAAAUGGUUGAGUAACUUUGCUAUCAAUCUACUGUUAGCGUAAGAUAAUGCAGCGAGUAAUUAUCCGCAGCGCGAGCGUUCGGUUUUACUUCGAACAUCGAAUGUAGUAUGCAUGCGUGCGAUAGGGGUGCAAAAAUACACUUUUAUAAGAGG